CUUUAACCCAAAAUGAAGGCCCAAAAUGAAGAGAAUCAUAGUAGAGUGGAGGCAUCCAUUGGGAAUCUCCACUCUCAAUUCACCAAGUUGGAUCUUCGCUUUGAAGAGCAAAAUAUGAAGCUCAAUCAACGCAUUGACACCAUCGAGCAAUAUACCAAGACAUCCAUCCGGAAUCUUGAAGUUCAAAUGGGGCAACUCGCCCAAAAAGUGAGUUCUAGAGAGCAAGAGGCCAUUGCGGAGAUUCCAUCAUAUGCGAAAUUUCUUAAAGGCUUCAUCUCCAACAAAAAGAGGUUAGAGGAAUUCACAAAUGUGGCACUAACGGAGGAGUGUAGUGUCAUUAUUCAAAACAAACUUCCAUCAAAACUAAAAGACCCCGGAAGCUUCACUAUUUCAUGCUCUAUUGAAAAAAUCGGGGAGGUAAGGCAAUUAUCGUGCUUAUCAAGGUGUAAGUGUUGAACACAUUAAAUAAAGAAAAAAACCAAAACCGGAUCAUCAUGUAAAGAAAUAAAUGCAUAGUGCGUCAUUUGGAAGAACAGAGCCGCUCAGUAAAGUCUACAUCAGUUGGAAGAAAAAAGUCCUUGACCAAAGCAUGUGCCUGUUGGAUUGUUAGGUAGUCGUUUUGCUGGAGGAAACAUGUGAACGGUUAGUGUAAUAUUUUGUACCACUUGAAGUAUAUGCGCAAACUGUGAACGAAAACCAUCAUACCGAAGUCACAACCUAGAGGCGUGUAGUGCGUUACUGUGCCGCGAUCCGGGACACGCGAUUUGGAACUCAAAUUGUGGCAAACAUGACAAUUUACGUAAUUGUGUUCCCGAGUAUGAGCUUAACUCCCGCUUGGAGAUACACAUAGAUAUUGUCAUCCUUACUACCAUUCUUGCAUAGGUUAAACUCCAAUACCUCAUUUGAUCAUUUAGUGGUUCU